CAUAAGCCACUCGGUGCCAACCACGGUGCGGCGAGCAGUGCUUCACCACUGCUUCGCUCUGCGCCGAAUACCUGCAACAGGCGGGGGAAGCGUGACAACAGUUACCCGGCGGGCCUCACACUCCUCAUGUCACGGCGGUAUGGGAGAGAGGGCGGAAGCGGUGACUCCCCGCUCAACGAUUCAACUGCGGUCGCCCAGCCGCAGCCGCAGCCGCAGCCGCCCGAGAUCGCGCCCAGCCCAACUCCCGCAGCCCCCGGCCCCGCCCCCGCCAGCUGCCCACAGGCGCGCGCAGUAGCUCCAUCAGCCGCAGUACUGCUGCCCGCACCUCGCCCGCCGUCGCCAAGCCACCAGCCGCACACUCCUCACCUUCAAGAGCAGCAGCAGGCGCAGGCGCAGGCGCCCCACCACCACCGCCACGACGACGACGACCCAACUCAGCAGCAGCAGCAGGACCCUCAACUGCAUGUACCCCAGCCCCAGCCCCAGCCCCAGGACGGGGAGGGCCAGGGGGGCGGGGACGGUCGCGGCGGGGCGUUCCGGCGGCUGCGGGAGCAGAGCUACGACACGUGGCGGCCGGUGCCCUCGCUGGGCCGGGCGGUGGCGGUGAUGGCGGCACUGGCGGCGCUGGGGCUGGGGCUGGGGCUGCCGCUGCUGGUGGCGUCACUGCAUGACGCGGCGCAGGUGCGGCUGAGGUAUGAUGACGCGCCGCUGCUGCCGCCGCCGCCGCCGCUGUCGUCAUCAUCGCCGUCGUCCUGUGGCAAUGGCAGCAGUGGUGGUGCGGCUGCAGCCAAUUGCAGCAGUAGCAGCAGCAGUAGCAGUAGAGGUGGUGUUGAGCUGGCGCCAGCAGGGGCGGCAGUAGCGGGUGGCGAGGACCGGAUGGCCGCCAUCUGGGCGGCGGGGGCGGCGGGGGCGGUGCAGCAGGUGUGGGUGACACUGCCUCGGGCGCUGACGCCGCCGGUGUACGUCAUGUACGAGAUACAGGGGUUGUACGGCACCCACAAGCGCUACCUGCGCUCGGUCAGUCGGGAGCAGCUGGCGGGGCAGCAGCCCGGGGCCGAGACGCUGGACAAGUGUGAGCCCCAGCUCUACCUGGGUGGAGCCGCCACCGCCUCACUGCCCGCGGGGGGGCUGGUCAACCCCUGCGGGCUGCGGGCCGCCUCCCUCUUCAACGACUCCUUCACCCUGUACGCCGACACAGCCACCUGUGGCAGUAUCGGCAGCAGCAGCAGCAGCAGCAGCAGCAGCAGCAGCAGCAGCAGUGGCAGUAGCAGCGGCAGUAGCAGCAGCAGUGUCGCUGGCGGCCAGCAGGGCACGCAGAAGCAGCCGCAGCUGCGGGCGGUGCCGCUGCACACGGGUGAUGUGGUGUGGGGUCUGGAGCGGCGCUGGCUGUACGGCCACCCCUACAACACCACAAACUUCAAUCCACUGCCGCCCGAGCCAGGAAGCAGCUACAGCGGCAGCAGUGGUGGUGGCGGCGGCAGUGGCGGCGGGUGGCGGCGGCUUGGGGGCCCGCUGCUGCAUGGGGGUGUGGGGCAGGAUCCGGCACUGGAGGUGUGGCUGAGGCCCAGUGUCAGGCCCGACGCCCUCAAGAUGUACGGCGUGGUACGGCAGCCGCAGCCGCUGCCCGCCGGCUGCCGGCUGCGGCUGGACGUGGCGGCGCGGUACACUGGCCCGUACGGCUGGGGCGGCGCCAAGGCGGUGCGGCUGGCCAGGCAGUCCUGGUACGGACUGCGGACGCCUGGUCUGGUGGUGGCGGGGGCGCUGCUGGGGCUGGCGGCGGCGGCGGCGGCGGGGGCGGCGGCGCUGUUGGCGGCGGCGGCGGUGUGGGGUGUGCGCGGCCGGCGCGGCUGGUAGCGGCAGCCACUGGUCGCUGCUGCCUCGUGAUGGAACAUGGCAAGGGGCAGGAAAGCGUAGUCCCGAUGUGUGUGGCUCCCACCCGUGCCCACAUAAAUGCGUAGCAAGAAGGGACAAGGCAUUGGUGCGUCGUUCGCGCGCUGUUACUGUACCGACGGUAGCUGGCAGGUUGUGUCGAUGUUUUGCUGACGCGCAUUCCUCACGCUCCGGGCGCCCGGCCAAGGCGAUAGCACCACACAGACUCAAUGCGACGCCACACCGCGCGGAUAGCAUAGCCGAUGCGCACCUGCAGGCAGUCGACCGACGUCCACGGAUGAGCUGUGUAGACGAGCACUAGCGUAAUGCAACGGCGUGCAGCAAAACAAUGGCCGGGCGACGGUGUGACAAGCAGGGGCAAGAACAAGGCGAAGCAAAGCAGAAGAGGGGCCCGAAUGUGUACGACAAUUGUGGCGGGCAGGCCGAAUGCGGUGCAACACGCCAACAACACAACCGGAGGUGAGGAAGCGUUGCUGAUGGUGAGGAUAGGUGCUGCGACGUUCGGUAGGGGAGCUGUGGCCGCGCACUAGAUGGGAGGAAUUUUCCGAGGUGUUGUUUCCGAGGCAUUGUUUGUGGCUGAUGUUUGUGGCUGAUUAAGAAAGAAGCAGAGUUUCGGCUGUGAGCGGCUGGCGAGGAGAGGCGGGGGCUGUUACGUUUUGGUCGCUGCUGCCUGGUGCGGUGGUGGUGUGUCGGGGGCAUUGUUGCCUGCAGACGUGUGUGUUGAUGUGCGGGUGAUUCGCUGGUUGCAGGCUGAUGUGAAGGGCAAGAGGCGUGUGGCGGCGGUGCCCGAUGACGUGUUGCG